UUAUUGUUAUUGUUAAAGCUGCAAGUGUCGUAAACGCGAUAUCGAGAAAAUGGUAUGUCCUGAGGAAUCAUUUGCAGGCCAUGAACCUCACCCGAACCCGGUCGUGUUAGAGCUCACCCGGUUGCAGAACCAACUCAAAGAAAAGGAAAGGGAGUUAGGUUCUGCUCAGGCUGAAAUCAAAGCACUGAAAGCAACUGAAGCAUUGAAGGAUAAGGCCAUACAAGAGCUCCAGAGUGAAGUUCAAAAGUUGGAUGAGAAACAUAGGGUCACUGAGAAUGUCCUUGAAUAUAAGAACCUCGAAAUCAAGAGGUUGACGAACGAGAAGAAAGAUGCAUUGGCUGCGCAGUUUGCUGCCGAGGCGACUCUUAGAAGAGUGCAUGCGAAUCGAAAGGAUGACGAAGAUGUUUCGAUUGGAUCCGUCAUUGCUCCUCUGAAGGCAGAGAUCAAAAUGUACAAACACGAGAUCGCGGUGCUUAGCGAAGAUAAGAGAGCGUUGGAACGUCUCACCAAGUCGAAAGAGUCCGCUCUGCUCGAGGCGGAGAGGAUUCUGCGAAGUGCUUUAGAAAGGGCCUUGAUAGUUGAGGAAGUUCAGAACCAGAACUUUGAGUUAAGGAGACAGAUUGAGAUUUGUCAGGAGGAAAACAAAAUCCUUGAGAAAACCAAUCGACAAAAGGUGUUAGAGGUCGAAAAGCUAAGCCAAACUAUCAAGGAACUCGAAGAGGCGAUCUUGGCUGGUGGGGCUGCAGCGAAUACUAUCCGUGACUAUCAGAGACGAAUUUCCGAACUUAACGACGAAAAGAGGACACUCGAGAGGGAGCUUGCGAGAGUUAAAGUCUCGGUGAACCGUGUGGCGACAGUGGUGGCAAACGAGUGGAAGGAUGAGAAUGACAAAGUAAUGCCCGUCAAGCAAUGGCUGGAAGAUAGGAGGCUGCUGCAGGCGGAGAUGCAGAGGUUGAAGGACAAACUAGCAGUGACAGAGAGAACAGCAAAGGCAGAAGCACAGCUUAAGGAGAAAUUCAAGCUAAGGCUCAAGAUAUUAGAAGAUGGCUUAAAACAUGUACCAUGUUUGUCACCUAAACCAGCCAAGUCCAGCAAUAUCUUAGGCCUUUUAACAAGCAGCAGUGGACUAAGGAAGCGGUCUACCUCGCAGCCGAGGGGUUCGACCGUAAGUAGCUCUCCGUUUCAGCCGAGCAUCGAAAUCGAAACAGCCAAUGCCGGAACGAAACAAGGUGGCAGCUUGAAAAACAGGGCUGCACCAGAAGAAAACAUGGUAAGGAAAAGUUUGUGGGCGUCUAGGUGCAAGGUUGCAGAUAGUAGUGAGAAGGAAAAUGCUGAAACCAAGGUAAACACGGAUCUUAAAGAUGGCGACACUGCAGAUUGUGGUGCCGAAGAUAUGGUUUCGGGGUAUUUGUACGAUAGGCUUCAGAAAGAGGUGAUCAAUCUAAGGAAGUUUUGUGAGGCUAAAGAAAGCAGUUUGAAUGCUAAAGAUGAAGAAAUAAAGAUGCUGAUGAAGAAGUUUGAAGCAUUGUCAAGAGCUAUGGAAGUGGAGUGUAAACGUGUGAAGAAAGAAGCAGUUGUUAAAGAAAAGAAGAUUGGAUCAACCAAAAUGGAGGACACCAGAAAGAUGAAAAGCAUCAACAACUCCCCUAGAAGGUUGGUUCGAUGUAAUUACUGAAAUCACAGUGUUUGUUGAGCAGGGUAAGCCAAGCAUCUUGAAGAUUGCCAUGGAUGGUUGAAGCUGAAGAAAAAUUGGUAUUCAGUUGAUUCGUUGUGCAUGUCUCGGAUAUGAUUGUUGGUGUAGAUAUUGAAUUAAAUCGUUUUGUUAUAGCUGGUUGGAAAUAUGGUUGUUUCUGUGAAUGAUGAAUUUGGGUUGGUUUGUUGAUGGUAAUUGUGAAAGGAAGAAGAAAAGGGUUGGAGAUUUGACAUUAGUAACAUCCUAGCAA